CUCACGAGGGUUGUUGGGGGUGGCGCUCGUAAUCAAACACCCCCGCAUUAUUAAAACAACACCCCGAAGUAUGAUCCCCACGUGCCGAUUUUUUCGUUUCGAUUUAUUACUCCGUGGAGCGAGGGUGUGGCAGCAAUGAUCCAAAUACCACUCGCAAAACACUCAUAUCACUAAAAAAAUAACAAACAUCACGUGACCUUGCACAUGUUAACGAUGUUAACCUUCUAACCUGUCAAAUUUUGUUUUUUGUUGUGAGGUUCGUGAGAUGUACUUUUGUUUAAAGGUUUUUCGUGUUUAGUUUCGUGAAAAUGUAUUUUUUAAGAAUUUUAUGACAAUAAGGAUGACCGUGUCGUGGCCAAAUUAGUGUUUAACCUGCGUGAGUCAUGGAUUCCAAGCCCCUUCUCCACCAUUUGCGCAAAGUCGUACCCGAGAUCAACCUAAGCAGCAACUCUGUUCACGCCAUCCUCCAUUCCGAUCUCAGCCACGAAGACAAAGUCCACAACAUUUUGCACCAACAUUUCAAAAGCCGGAGGAACAUACACAGAUACCACACGUACGAAAACCUCCUAAAUGCUGAAGCGAAACACAUCCAUUAUUUGUACCCUUCGCACGAGCUUCAAGACAUCUACCAUAAAUUAAAAUAUUUCGUGGACAUGCCGAACCGAAAGGAGAUAGUACUGAGGCUCCUGACUAUGUCAAAGGAGACGAUUAACGGUCCCGUGAAGAGAACGUGCGGACAGUACCUGGAUAACGCGAACAAUAACGCGCCUAUGAUUAAAGUUCGCAAGCUUGAAGAGCCGGCGACUGUAGUUUCCGCUUCUUGUAGCAUUCAGGAGAAUGUGGUACCGUUUUCGUACGACAAUCUGAAUGUGCCGACUCCGUACGUACUGAAUACGGUUAGCCACGAUGUAUAUUUCCCUGGCGAUAAACCAGCUACUGUUACGUCUUCGGAUGUCGAGACGGCUGUGACGGAAGAGAAAAAUGAACCCAGUAGUACUGUGAUGGGCGGUUACGAGGUCCCCGAUAUUAUGGAACAUUUUGCUCUUCCGAUUAUCAAUUUGGAGUUACCGUGUACGAUGGCUGAUAACAGUGAAGGGUCGGAGUUAUCAGAGACUCAGUUACCAUACGUGAGCGAAGAAACGAUUGAAUCUAUUACUGUGUUGAGGCCUGAAGAGAUUUUAGUAACAAAUAGUACCGAUAGUACUUUUAGAGGUAGCAAUGAUACAGUGAUCAAUCAAAAUAGUACGGAUAGUACUUCUAAAGAUAGCAACAGUACAGUAAUCAGUCUCGAUCAUUCGGACGAGGCUUCUCAAAUAGUAUUAAGUGACGCUUCGUCAGAAGUACCCCGUGAUAGUCAGGACUCGGCUAAAACCGAGCUGUAUUCGCUUGAUGAUAGUGCCAUACCUGAAAAACAUCAUGCGGUGACUAUGAUGGGGCCGACGUGUAUUAAAAUUAAUCUUUUGUCGAAUGUUGGUGAAAGGGGAAUGCAAGAGGUAGACGCUGGUCAAUGCCGAAAUAUCCACGAACCUUACAACAAUGCGCCGUCGACGUCUAGGCAAAACACCGCAAUGAACAACGAUAUUGCAAACUUUGACCUCGUAACGUAUGUCCGAGAAAUAACACACGCUCGAGAGGAGGUCGUACGGAAACAAUGCAAGAAACUGAAUUUGCGCACAGACAUGAAACCCAUGCCAUUUUUAUUAAAUAUGGUCAUUGAUAACAUUUUGUCGAACGUCGUAGAUUCAGAGGACUCGGACGUGGAGCACCUGCCUGACGUCAUCCAAGAGGCGGAAAUGCAAGGAAUUGCAGGCGGCGCAAUUGACCUACAUACUGAAGUACCGAAUGACGCGACGAAUACUGAAGGUGUUGACGCAAAAUGCCUCGAAACGAUGCACGAACCCUUCGAUAAACAGCUAGUCCAGCAUUUGUGUCUCGUAUUUUCUGACGCAUGUCCGAAUUAUAUUAAGGCGCUGUGUCACGGCAAAGUCAACAACAAUGAAGUGUUGGACAAUUUAAUCACGGAAAUUUUAAACACUAACGGCCAGUACCCCAAACGUCCCCGACCUCCACCGGAGCCCGAAUGUCUCCCCGAAAACCAGCUCGAAAUCCUGAAGGAGUUCCUGCCGGACGCCGACCCCGACUACCUCAGCAUGAUGCUCGACAAAUUCGAAGGCAAGCCGGAUUUGGUGAAAAGCUUCUUGAACGAAGCGAUGGAAAAGAGGGAUUAUCCCACGUUGAAAGACUACCAAAGACGACAGCAGCUGUCGGCACAACAGAAGCAAUACACGACGGAGUUUAACGUGGAAAAUUUCGUGAAGCUCAUUCCUGACCCGGAGGCCUUCUUCAAAGACCCGUCGCGGAAGCUCAAGAUCAGCAACGCCGACUCGCACUACGUGCUCGUGUUUAUGCGUAAUAAGUUCAACCGGAUACAUCUUCGCACCAUUCAGACCGUGUUCUCGAAAAAUCACUGCAAUGUGGCGAAAACUAUCAAGGACUUGGAGAAGGCGAUGACGCAGAGUCAGUACGUGAUGAAGAGUGUGCGGAGGUCGAUCGAAAUGCCGAAUAGCGUGGAAAAUAUACCCUUACUGCAGGAGCUGGCGUACUAUACUCAUAAAGCCGAAAUCGACAACUACCUCAAACAACAAAGCCAAAAAGAAAUAGCCGAACGAGAAGAAGCCAAAGCUAAGGGGGUAUUGAAAACCUGCAACUGCUGCUACGACGAAGAAGUCGUCCCCAAGGACAUCCAUCGGUGCGAAAAUGGAUGCGAGUUCUGCAAGUCGUGCAUUGUGAAAAGCUCCGAGGUUCUUUUCGGCGAAGGAAAACUGGAUUUUCCAUGCUUGAUGAACUGUUCUUCGAAUUUCAGUUUACAAACAUUGCAAAUCGUUUUGUCGCCGAAGUUGUUUUCCAAGAUCGCCCAGAAGAAGGCCCUCGAAGAAAUCAAAUCUGCGGGAAUCGAGGAGCUGGAGAUGUGUCCGUUCUGCGAUUUCGCUACGAUUCCGGCCGAAGGAUACAACAUUUUCACUUGCAUGAAUCCGGAGUGCAUGAAAGAGUCCUGUAGGAUGUGUAAGGAGCCGUCUCAUAUUCCCCUGCGCUGUGAUGAAAUCGAAAAGGAUGAAGACGUGCGCGCUCGGACGUUCGUGGAAAAUAAGAUGACAGAGGCGUUAUUGAGGAAAUGUUGGAAGUGCGGCGUGAAAUUCUUCAAGGAAGAAGGUUGCAACAAGAUGACCUGUUCGUGUGGCGCCCAAAUGUGUUACGUGUGCGGCAAACCCGUCGACAGCUACAAACACUUCAACGGCAACGGCGGCGAUAGAUUCGACUUGUGUCCCCUGUACAGCGACACGAACGUCCUCAACAAAGAAAACGUACUUAAGGGGGCCCAAGAAGCCAAGGCCGAAAUCGGCAACGUCAAUUUGAAGUACGACCCCACCGUAGACAUCAACAAGCACUACCAAGAGAGGACGAAGAUGUACCCGCACAACCACCUGCUGAACCGACCACCGCCCCCGUUUCUAAAUAACGUGUUCCAACGGCAUAUUGGAGGUCUCCGGCCGGUUAUAGACCCCGAGGAGCCUGUGAUUCUCCCUAUUGUAGAGCCCCUCCUGCACGAAGAGGAACCACCACUGGCCCUAAACUGGCAGCCGCCGAAUCGAAGGGGCGUCAACAACUUGCCGCCGCGCGCCAGGUACCCCCCGAUGGCUGCCCGCCUCAACGCCGCCGCUCCCGCAAACCCAUUCAGAAAUCAGGCCCCCAUGAAUGUCCCUCAGCCGCCCCUGAAUCGGCCGCAACAAAUACCCUUUCCGUAUAUGUAAGAUUUGAUUCAUUGUACAGUGUUAUUUCGUUCCUAUUUUUGUAUUAGUAUUUAUCGAGGAGGUGUUGAAACAAUAUUUAUAUAUCAUUUUAUACAAUAUUUGGAAUACAGUUUUUAAGCAGA